GCGCAAAAUCCAGAGAUGGCGCCGCACGACCGACAUCGCUCGCUGGAAGCAGGGGGGCCGGCUGUUCAAGUCCCUGGAUGCUGACCUGCAGCGCAAACUCGAGGACAUAGACGACGAGACGCUGUGCAGCGAGCGAGGAGUGGAUGUCGUUCUCGAGCGCUUCGAUCUGAUGUCAGGAGAGCGCCGCGGAGACGAGCGACGGAAAGUUGCUCGAGAGUGUCUCUUGGACUACAGCAGGCGGCACAACGAGAACCUGACCGAGUACUGCGCCAGGAUCGACGCUGCGUUCGACCGCGUGGCCGUCCAGGGCCUCGCGCUCCCGGGCGACCGGGAGCUCGUGCUCCUUAUGAGGGCGGCGCUGGCGGUGAUCAGGGAGAUGGACAUCAGCCAUCGCGAGCGCCUAUCGGCCAAGGGGAAGACCAACGUGACGGUGGAACCAGACGCGCCUCCAGGCGCGGUUCCGCCUCCCCCGACGCCUCCAGCGUCCUGGCAGGUAGAGAUUGGCGACGACGAGUCUCUGCUGGACUAUUCCGACGUCUCCUCGAUGAACUCGGGCGGCGAGAUGGCUGCGUGGGCCGUGCUCGAGGCGGCGGGCGUGGGCGAGGGCGAUGCCCCGGCCGCCCUCGCGGCCAUCAACCAGGACCGCCGCGAGACAUGGAAGGAGAACAAGGAGCUCAAGAGGCGUCUGAAGGUCGACCGGAAGUUCUUCUACCGCAGCGGGGCUCGCGGCGCGGAUGGGCGCGAGACACCUCGCGGGCCCGGCCGCGGAGCAGCGGAUGGCGCGUUUCGUCCUCGCAAGAACCGCCUGCCCUUGGCCGGGCUGAUCAGGCGCACGCGGUGCAGGAUCUGUCACGAGAAGGGCCGCUGGUCGAAGGAGUGCCCCGGCAAGGGCGGCGGUGGCGCCGGCGCGGUCAAGCCCGUGCAGCAGUCCAUGGGAGGCGGCGGCUCGUACUUCACGGGCCGCAGCUUCAUGCGCGUGAACGCGCUGGACGGCUGCGACCAGACCUUUGAGGGAUCGGCUCCGCUCCAGCCCCCAUCCAAUGCUGAAGUUCUGUUGUCUGUGGGGCCCAGGGCCAUGGUAGUAGACGCGGCGGCUGGUCAAGGCUUGGUCGGACAACCGGCCUUGGGCAGGAUCGAGCGGCAUUGGGCUUCAGAGGGGUUCGCGAUUCCCAAGGUGCCUGCUCGGAAUCCUAGGGCCUGGGGCGUGGGCGGAGGCGUUCAGGUCUCGGGCGCCGCCCUCGUUCCUCUAGGUAUCGAGGGCCGAAUGGGGGUUAUCGAGCUCGACGUCCUAUCAGAGGGCGUGCCCCCUCUUUCGCCGAUAGGGUUUCAGGAGAUGCUCGGAGGCAUCGUCGAUCUCCCAGGCAGUGUCGUGAAAUUUUCAAAGCUGGGGGUCAACGCCGAGCUGACUCGUCUUCCGACGGCUCACCGUUCGAUUCAGGUGGGCAAGUUUUCCCAGUCCGCCAGGGACUUCGAGCCUCCGGAGUCAGUCUUCUGGGCGUAUCCGCAGCUGUCGCGGGGCGCGUUUCAGUCCAGGGGAAAGUGCAUGGGGGAGCGCCCAACCACCAUGGCCGAGCGUUUGACGGAGGAGAAGGAGCAGGCCUGGGUCUACGGGGCGACAGGCUCCUGCGUGCCAGAGGGCUUCAACAAGGGACAGAGCGGGUGGGCGGUUCUCACGUCGUGGGUCCUGCUCUGGUCGACUCGCUUGGCGGAGGAGUUCGGAGCCGUGAUGCGCGCGAAACGCUUCUGGCCAACCAACUUGCCGAAGAAGCUGCGCAGCUACGCGGAGCUGAAGCCGAUGGAGGGGGCGCCGAAGGAGGAUAAUAUGUGCCUGUGCAAGAAGAAGGACGCGGCGUGCCUACUGCGCGGCCAAGGAACGGACCGGGGCCCUCUACCUGUCCACUCAGGGAUGCUGGUGUACGUGAACCGCUCCGAGAACGAGCACUCGAGCAGCUGCGCCAGGGUGGCGGACUCGGCGGCGGUUGCAGUGUCGCGAUCUUGCGACAAGAUGGAGGCGGGGCCCCCGGCCGAUAACGAUCUGGCCAUGCAGGCCAAGAUGGGGCAGGAGAUGCAAGCGAAGUUCGACAAGCAAGUCGAGGAGAUGAAGGCCAUGCUGCAAGGAGUCGCGGUGAACCGGCAGUCCCAGGGCGAGGGUCUGGCGAAGGUCAACAGCACGGUGCGAGCAGAUGAGGGCCCUGGCGACGAUCCGCGGCGAGGCUCAGGAAGCGAGUCGCCUAGCCCGGAGCUUGCGGGGCGCGGCAAGCGGCGAAGCCGGUCUAUCGCCGAUGAGGGCAGGCCAGGGCGCAGCUGCAUCAGUGGGUCCAUCGCUGACGGAUCUGCCGACGGCUCCAGUGGCGCCACCAACGUCAUCACCGGCGGCGCCGAUGACGAGGCCAAGUGCGCAGCCGCCGCCCCAGAUGGCGGCGGGGCCGACCCCGGCAGGAGCGUCGUGGUCGUGCAUCGGGGCGGCGCCGCUCGAUGGAAUGAGCGCCGGCGCCCUCAGCGGCACCGUCGCCUGGCCGCUAGCUACCCCACCUAUCCGACCGCGGGCGCGAGGCAGCAGCUGAACCCGCAGGAGCUCUAUGACGCGCAGGGGAAAGCUAUCCAGGACUCGAUGGGGACGGUAUCGAGCUUCGAGAUCCCGCCCGCGGACCCGCUCAUCGCGGCCUACGACCAGAGCAAGGGGAAGGCAAAGGGCUCGGCGGCCAGCCUUCAUGCGGCGGAUGCAGCUGCGCAGAGGGAGGCCAAGACCCUGGGCGACCCGUGGGCCGGCGGCGAGCCCGCGGUGCCCACGCGGGCGCCGAGCCGCGAGAAGGACGCGCUGGGG